AUGGACUUCAACUCAGAAUUUAACUUCAUUUCAGAAUCUUCUUUUCCCUCAGAAAUUCUGGUCACUUCAGUUGAUCUGCUUAGCUCACUAGCAACGGUACUUAAUGAGUCGUAUGUUUAUGCAGCUUCACGGAAGAUGCGAGAGAGGGUAAAUGACAUCAAGUACCUCAAGAUGAAGGCCUAUGAAGUUACAAGACACAAGAGCAAAAAUAAAGCCACCAUCAGGAACCAUAGGAACAGAAUUAACUCGAUUAAGGAUGUCAACGGGAUUAUCCAUGAAGGAGGCGCUCUUGCGCAAAUCUUUGUGGAUCACUAUAAAAGCUUGCUAGGGGUAUUUGACCCCAUGACUCAAAGGAAUUUGGCUGGUUUAUUUGUGAAAACUAUUGAUAGUCAAAAGGUAGCUAAUAUGAUUCGUCCGGUUACACAUGAUGAAGUUAAAGCUGCAAUCUUUUCCACUGGCGAUGAUAAGGCCCCGAGCCCAGAUGGUUACACCUCAAUGUUUUUUAAAAGCUCUUGGGACAUAAUUGGGAAUGAAAUAAGUGAUGCUAUUCAAGAUUUUUUUAAUCUCUGUAAGAUUAUUACUAAUCGCAUUAAGGAUGGUCUUGAUGAUGUAGUGGGCAAGAACCAAUCUACCUUCAUUCCGGGUAGGAAAAUAUUUGAUAAUAUUCUACUCACGCAAGAGGUUAUGCGUAACAGCCAUAAGAAUGUUGGGCCACCUCGUUGUGUUAUUAAAGUUUAUAUUCAAAAAGCCUACGACACGGUGGAUUGUUAUUUAAAAGGGCGAAAAGGUUUGAGACAAGGGGCCCAUACUAAAUGUGAGAAACUAUUACUUGUGAAUCUUUGUUUCGCAGAUGACUUGUUUUUAUUCUGUCAUGAUGUUGCUUCUGUUGAUCUGAUCAUGGAUUGUUUAAAUAAGUUUAAAGAGCUAUCUGGUUUGGUUUUGAGUUUAUCUAUGAGUACAACGUUCUUUUAUAAUGUUGCUGAUUAUAUUAAAGGAAGUAUCUUGGGUAUUAUGCCAUUUGAGGAUUGUGAAAUACUCGUUGAGAAGAUGGAUAAAAGGAUCUCUGAUUGGAGAAACAAAUCAUUGUCGUUUGUUGGGAGACUUCAUUUGAUAAAAUAUGCUCUAUCAUCAAUGCAUAUAUAUUGGUCUUCGGUAUUUAUUCUUCCAGGGAGAAUUGUUAAAGAGCUGGAGAAAAGGAUGAGAAGCUUUUUAUGGUGUAAAGGACCAAUGGUAAAAGGCAAGGCUAAAGUUGCUUGGAAAGAUAUCUGCUUACCUAAAUAUGAAGGUGGAUUAGCGAUACACAAAAUUAGUGAGGUUAAUAAGUCACUAAUGGCUACGCAUAUCUGGAGCAUUGUUACUAAAUUUGAUUCUAUAUGGGUGGACUGGGUAUAUGCAUACAAGAUUAAAGACUGA